AUGGCAGACGAGAGGGGGUUGAUACAGACGUUACAUGCGAGUCCUGCGGGUCUGCAUGUGUACGAGAAAUGCGGGUUUAGGGUUGUGGAGACGUCGGAGAUGGAUUUGAGGCUUUGGGGGGUGGAGGAGGUGGAGGUGAGGCGGUAUAUGACUCGGGAUGCGAAGGGGAAGGGGGAGGGUGAGGGAGUGUAA